CAUCUCAGCAAACCUAGGACAACAUGGCCAUCUCAAAAAACCAACCCUUGUUGAAGAACCACUUCAGAAAGCACUGGCAGGAGCGCGUCAGAGUGCACUUCGACCAGGCCGGCAAGAAGAACUCCAGAAGACAGGCUAGAUUGCAAAAGGCCGCCAAGGUCGCGCCAGCCCCUGUCGAUGCUUUGAGACCCAUCGUCAGAUGCCCAACCAUCAAGUACAACAGAAAGGUUAGAGCCGGAAGAGGCUUCACUUUGGCUGAGAUCAAGGCUGCCGGCUUGACUGCCAAAUACGCCAGAUCCGUCGGCAUUGCCGUGGACCACAGAAGACAGAACAAGUCUCAGGAGAACUUCGAUGCCAACGUGGCCAGAUUGAACGAGUACAAGUCCAAGUUGGUCAUUUUCGACAAGAAGUCCAAGGCCGAGGGCGAGCAGAUCUCCACCGCUGCCGCUUUCCCUAUCAAGCAGGCCUCCACCGAGACCACCACUGCCGCCGUCGAGGUGCCAGCGCAGUCUGCCUACACCACCUUGAGAGUGGCCAGAAACGAGAAGAAGUACUGGGGUAUCAGAGAGAAGAGAGCCAGAGAGAAGGCCGAGGCCGAGGCCGAGAAGAAGAAGAAGUAAGCGGCUGGACUUUGUCGAUGUAUAUUUCAUACUUUGGUUUAAUAACACUGAACAGGUUACCGACGACGUAGGCGGGCGUUUCUGGGCACACCGGCUGUAGCUGAGGUUGGUGGCUCCGGGUGGACUGCAUCUCUGUCAGAAGUGGCUGGUUUUGGGCCGCUCGCUGUUGAUUGCAGCAAUGAGAUCUUUAACGUGUAUGUGUUUCCCGAAAGCCAGUGUUCAUGGUUCGUAGUCUCGGGUGUGUAUGUUGGACAACAAAAGUAUGUGUAUGUUGGAGAUCAAAUGUUCCUAGAGAUCAAAUGUUCGUGGAGAUCAAAUGUUCGUAGAGGUCAAACGUUCGUAGAGAUCAAAUGUUCGU